ACAUGUAAAGUAAAUUGCAAUUGCAGACACGCUACAAUAUUUUUGAAAAUGUAGUGUUUUGUUUUUAAUAAAAUGUUAAUUAAAAAACAAAUGUGGGUGUUGAUGUGUUGAUGACAUCAAAAUAUUGUAGCAGAAUGAAUUAAAUGAUCGUUACUGUUUUACCCGAAGACUCCUGAAAACCAAAGACAAUGGAACGUGGCAAAGGUGCACAGUAUCUUGUAGCGUUUUCUGUAUCGCUGGCAACACUGACGAUGGGUGCGUCGUCGGCGUGGCCCACAAUCGUGUUGCCGCGUUUUAAGGGAAACGAAUCAAGUAUUCAAGUCACAGAUGACGUUGUGUCAUGGAUGGUGGCAGUGAGUCCAUUGGGUUUUCUGUCCGGCAGUCUGGUCACUCGGUACAUUUCCGACAACUUUGGACGCCGGGCCACUGUUCUAGGCAGUGCAGCGCCUUUUACACUUGGAACGAUGUUCGUGAUAUAUGCUGCUUAUGGUUGGAUGCUUUGUAUUACAAAGUUUCUUUGGGGAUUUGGAACAGGCAUGUUAUCUACUGUGAUCACAAUGUAUUUAAUAGAAAUAUCAUAUAAGGAGCUGAGAGGAUCAUUGAAUGUAUUUACAAGAUUUACCUUUAACUUUGGCAAUUUGCUAGUGAUGUGUGUUGGUCCGUUUCUAUCGUAUUCAGUUUUGAAUUACUCUUUGCUCCCUUUGCCUGUGAUAUUCUUUCUCGCGUGUUGGUGGAUACCAGAAUCGCCGUAUUACCAUCUCAAAGAGGGUCGAGUGGACGCCGCGAGAGAAGAACUGGCGAAAUUAAGAAAUUCAGACGAUAUUGCAUUAGAAGAAGAAUUGCAGAUAAUACAAGAUGGUGUCAAAAACGAGAUGCGUUCUUCAAGUUCGGCAAAAGAAUUGUUCAAUGGCAGACAAUACAGAAAGGCUGUGGUUAUAGCUGUUGGUUUGAAAAUGACUCAAAUCCUGACCGGCGGCAUGGCGAUACAGCAAUAUUUGAUAAUUAUUGUACAAGAGAGCAAAUUCAAAAUGGCGCCCGCGACUAUAGCUAUCGUGUUCGGAGCUGUCAAGUUUGGUGUCUCUUUAAUAUCAUCUAUUUUAGUGGACAGAAUUGGACGUCGACCGUUAAUAAUUCACUCGCUUGUUGGUACCGGCGUCUCAUACUUCAUCGUUGGUUCUUAUUUCUUCUUUUUGGAAGUUGUACGAAUCGAACACGAAUCCCUCAGCCCUUACGGAAUUCUCACUUUCAUUGGCAUCCUCUUUUCAACAAUUAUAUCCACUUUAGGGUUCAACUCCGUUAUAGGUAUUGUUCCCGCGGAAAUCUUCCCUAUGAACGUAAAAGCGGUAGCUAUGUCGUCAUUAAAUAUCUUAGGGGGGUUAUUAGGUUUCGUUGUAGGUAAAGGUUACAAAUAUAUGAAAGAUUUGUUAGGAUUAACGGGUGUUUUUUGGAUAUUUGCUUUUGUGACGUUCAGUGGCGCUGUUUUUACGCAUUUCUUUGUACCCGAAACCCGUAAUAAGAGUUUAUAUGACAUACAAAUUUUAUUACAAGGAGAUUUAUAUAUAGAAAAUGUAAAUAAAAAGAAUGAUCUGGUAUCAGAUGAAGAGACUGAGUUGACUGAGUUGAACGGAAUUAACGAUGUAAAGAAUAAAAUAUAAUAUACUAGCUUUCGCCCUCGACUCCAUGUGGAAUUAAAAUAAAAACAAAAGUAAG